CAGUGUGAAGUUGAACGUCGGUGGUCGCUUGUCGUAUGAGUUGCUCUCGUGACUGUCGCUAGUCGCCAGAGCGUCAGUCAGAGAAUUGCAGAAGGGAAAGCAAAAGAAGAGUUUCGCGGGCAUUGUUGGAAGUGCAUGGAGCACACCAUGCUCCACUCCGAUGGGGUCCAGCCAGUCAUGGGACACAGUGACCGCUGGUGCUGGUCUCCACCGCAGAACUGACACGACUGUUGGAGAGACGAUUCGUCCGGAACAUUGCCCUUCCUGUCCGGCAGCUUGGAGUGGCGGCGCACAGCGUCGACAUCCGGGUCACAGUCCUGGGUAUCUUUGGACGGCGGCAGAUCGAUUGAUCGAAGGGUUUCUAGCAUCUCAAGUGGUCCCAGGCGUCCCUCUUGCUGUUACGAGACUCCUUACGAACCCAACCUUCGCCAGCGAUUCGAAUGGAACCAAUUCAGUCCUCAAGUUGUGGUGAUGGAGCCACAUUGUUGGGGGAGACCAGCUGCCCACUGAAAGUCACCGAGGACAUCUGGUUCGAAUGCUGUUCCUGCACCUAUGCCACCAGAGAUCAGCAUGGAAUUGUGAGGCACCUUGCUGCCCAUGGUGAUGAACAUUCCAAGUGCCAGCUACCUCCCAAGUCUGACUCUAAGGCCCAAGUGCUUGGCAACACUCAAAACCACAAUAGUGAAAAGCUAUAUAAGUGCAAGCUUUGCCCCCAAGAAUUUGCUUAUAAUUCUCUUCUGACCUGUCAUUACAGAACACAUAGUGGUGAAAAGCCAUAUAAGUGCAUGCAUUGCCCCAAAGCCUUUGCUCUAAAUUCCAAUCUGCGACGCCAUAAUCAAAUGCACACUGGUGAAAAACCAUUUAAGUGCAAGCAGUGCCCUCAAACCUUCACUCAAAGAAGCUACCUGAGAAAGCAUAAUCGAACACACAUUGAUGUAAAGCCAUUUAAAUGCAAGCAGUGCCCUGAAGCCUUUGCUCAAAAUUCUUAUCUGAGAAAGCACAAUCGAUCGCACACUGGUGAAAAGCCAUUUAAGUGCAAGCAGUGCCCCCAAGCCUUUGCUCAAAAUUCCUAUCUACAAAGCCAUAAUCGAACACAUACUGAUGAAAAACCAUAUAAGUGCAAGGAGUGCCCCCGAGCCUUUGCUCGAAAUUCCGAUCUACGAAGUCAUAAUCAUUUGCACACUGGUGAAAAGCCAUUUAAGUGCAAGCAGUGCCCCCUAGCCUUUGCUCAAAAUUCCGUUCUACGACGCCAUAGUCAAUUGCACACUGGUAAAAAGCCAUUUCAGUGCAAAGAGUGCCCACGAGCCUUUGCUCGAAAUUCCGAUCUGCGAAACCAUAAUCGAACGCACACUGGUGAAAAGCCAUUUAAGUGCAAGCUGUGCUCCCAAGCCUUUGCUCGACUUUCCUAUUUACGAAGCCAUAAUCGUUUGCACACUGGUGAAAAGCCAUUUAAGUGCCAGCAGUGCCCCCUAGCCUUUGCUCGAAAUUCAGUUCUAUGGCGCCAUAAUCGAACACACACUGAUGGAAAACCAUUUAAGUGCAAGGAGUGCCCCCGAGCCUUUGCUCGAAAUUCCGAUCUGCGAAGCCAUAAUCGAACGCACACUGGUGAAAAGCCAUUUAAGUGCAAGCUGUGCCCCCGAGCCUUUUCUCGAAAUUCCGAUCUACAAAGCCAUAAUCAUUUGCACACUGGUGAAAAGCCAUUUAAGUGCAAGGAGUGCCCCCGAGCCUUUGCUCAAAAUUCAUAUUUACGAAGACAUAAUCAUUUGCACACUAAUGAAAAGCCAUUUAAGUGAAAGCAGUACCCCAAACCUUUGCUCAGGAUUCCCUUCUACGAAGGCAUACACAAAUACACUGGUAAAAAGUCAUAAUGAAACACUGGUGAAAAGUCAUUUAAAUGCAAGGAGUGCCGCCAAGCCUGUGCUUAAAAUUCCUGUAUAAGAAAACAAUCGAAUGCACACUGGUGAAAAGCCAUUUAAGUGCAAGUGGUGCCCCAAGCCUUUGCUCAAAAUUCCAAUCUCGAAUCAUAAUCAAAUUCACACUGAUGAAAAGCCAUUUAGGUGCAAGCAGUGCCUCCAAGCCUUUGCUCAAAAUUCCGAUCUACAGGGGCAUAAUCAUUGGUACACUGGUAUAAAGCCAUUUGAAUGCAAGCACUGCUCCAAAGUCUGCUUAAAAUUCGAAGCCAUAAUCAUCUACACACUGGUGAAAAGCCAUUUAAGCUCAAUCAGCACCUCCAAGCCUUUGUUUAAGAUUCCCAUCUGGGAAAGCAUAGAGUCACUAAAUAAAGCUACGCUUUCAGAGUACCGAAACUUCCAAACUACGCGUCUGAAGCGCGUCAGGCGCCGCCAGCUUGGGUCCACUCGUAGAUGGAGGAGUGCUUGUAGCUGAGCCAAGCCGAGCUGUAACCGUCUGCGCCAGCUGUCGUAGCCGCAGCUGUGGCAGCGAAUGAAGGUCAUGUUGUUCGUAUCUUGACGUAAGGAAAAAGGUGCGUGCUGAGCGACAGACUUCAGCAUGAGCGCGCAGUAAACAGUAAAACAGCAGCAGGCGGUGGAUCGCUGGACCCAAGAUGGUGGCAUUGCACGAUGAUGAUAGCGACUCACGUGACUGGCGCUGUCCAAUGAUGCUGCAGCGAACCAGAAUAUUGUUGAAUAGAGCGACUGUAUUGUUGGCAAAAAGCCAAAGAAAAGGGAUGCGGUACUCUGAAAGCGUAGCUUAUUUAGUGACUCUAGAAA